AAUCCGGGGAAGCCCUCCUCCUGGUCGUGUGCUCCAUCAUCCGUCCUCCGUGUAUGUGGGACAAACACGGAGCCAACAUGCAGAUCUUGACCCCUCAUGUCUACUGGGCGCAGCGGCACGGAGAGAUCUUCCUCCGGGUGGAACUGAGCGACGCCAAGAAUCUCAAUAUCAGCCUGCAAGAAAACAACACACUUCAGUUCAGAGCACAGGGCCAUGGAGCGAAAGGAGACAAUGAAUAUGAGUUCAGUCUGGAGUUCCUGGAACCUGUUCAAUCUGAGAUCAACCAUAAGUCCACUCAGCGACAGGUGGACAUCAAAAUCAAGAAACAGGAGGAGCGCUGGUGGGACCGGCUGACGCUACAGGAGAAGAAGCCUCUGUUUCUGGCUCCGGACUUCGACCGCUGGCUGGACGAGUCGGACGCUGAGAUGGAGCUUCAGGCAAAGGAGGAGGAGAAGAUAAACAAGAUAAGCGUCGAGUCAAGAGUCCGCAAAGAUCCCUACCUCGGCCUGAAAAAAGGCUACUUAUUUAUGUACAACCUGGUGCAGUUCCUGGGAUUUUCCUGGAUCUUUGUCAACAUGACGGUUCGACUCUUCAUUCUUGGUCAAGACUCGUUCUAUGAUACCUUCCACACCACGGCCGAUAUGAUGUAUUUCUGUCAGAUGAUGGCCGUGCUAGAGGUCAUUAAUCCCUUGUUGGGUCUGGUUAAGACUGGAUUUUUUCCUGCUAUGAUACAGGUGGCAGGAAGGAACGUCAUUUUGUUCGUCAUCUUCGGCAGCGUGGAGGAGAUGCAGAACAAACCUGUUGUCUUCUUUGUGUUCUACUUGUGGAGCACCAUUGAGAUCUUCAGAUAUCCGUUCUACAUGUUGGCCUGCAUCAACACAGAGUGGAAGCUGUUAACGUGGCUGAGAUACAGCAUCUGGAUCCCUCUGUACCCUCUGGGGGUUAUAGCUGAAGCGGUGGCUGUGAUCCAGUCUCUGCCUAUCUUUGAUGAGACCCGUCUGUUCAGCCUCCCACUGCCUGCGAUGCUGGGUCACUCUUUAAGCUUCUCCUACAGUCUACAGCUCUACCUGGUCCUCAUGUUUCUGGGACUCUUCAUCAACUUCCGACAUCUGUACAAGCAGAGAAGGAGACGAUUCCGCUCGAGGAAAAGGAAAGUCCACUAACUGAUCGCCACUCUUACUUUGCACAUCCUGCAGCUGUUUCCUUUUCCUCUUGUUUCCCUUUUCAUCUUCCUAAACACCCACUGAGCUGAUGGUGGAGUCACUUUAUUCCUCCACUGGGUGAACUAUAUUCUCUACUGUACAAGCUCUAAACAUCUCCUAGGACGCUGUACACUUUGAUCUGGUACUUUACUGAUGUGAAUUUGAGUUGUUACCAAGUGUGUUCUUUUGAAAAUGACCAUAUUUAAUAAGAUUUCCACACAAGGUCUGUCAUUCUCCGGUCAGCGUUUACGGUUGUGCAAACAUUUUGUUUCAUUUUUCUGGUUUGGGAUAUGGGAAAAGUGUUUUUAGCAUUUUAAGAAGGAUAAAAAGGAAUUAUGAAACCUGCUGCCCAAUAUUGUUUUACUAUCAUGGUUCAUAAAAAUGAAGGAGUGAUUUAAUUUAUCACUAGAAAAACAAAAGUUAUUGUUAACGCAUCAUAGGAGUUUGUAAUCUGUUCUAGAAACAAAAAUACUACAACAGGUGAGUCACUUCCGUUUUAUUUAUGAAUUUCACAUGAUUUGUACAGUCUGGUUCCAAACAUCUCUUUGCAACAUGUUUUCUGGUGUUUUAUGAUCUGUUAAUCCAUUUAUUACAAUUCACAAAUCUUUUACAGACAGUCUUCAUAUUAUAUUUAUGUUUGCGUGUUAAUGGACUAAUGGAAGCCGAUAGAGUUUUAAUGCUCUCUUGAUGUGUUCAAAGAUGUUUCACUGUCUCAAAAUUUAGGAUUUUUUGAGUUACUUUAAAAACAAGACACAAGUAAACACAUCUGAGGAUUUUCCUGAUGUUUGCUCAUUUUCUUCUGACUUUAUUUUCUGUAAACAGUUCAAUAACUCUGCUUUCACUUUCCAUUAGCUCAGUAUCAGUUACAGGAAGUGCAUAAAUGUACCACAAGAGUUUGAAAAUGGUUGUUUAGCCACGGCAUAAAGUGCAACAUUUCUGACUAUGUUUACAUGCACAGUAAUUCUCCACUUUUAUUCUGCAACAGUGUAUUAGUCAUAUUCACUGGAGUUUGCACGACUACGUGUAAACAAAAAUCUUAGCAGAAUAUUUCUUAUCGUCGCCAAUUUAAACAGUUUGGUAGGAAUGCUGUAAUUUUCAAAAUAAGUACAAGAACUGGGAUAAUCUGUGCAUGUGGACAUUGUUUUUCAACGUACGCUUGAAAAAAAUAAAUGCUCUCUGUGAUGGAUUAUCUAUCUUAUGCUUGGUGUUAACGCUGAAAAGGGGGUCAGCAGUGAUGAGCAAGUUAAUAAGCUAAAACACCUCUUUAAGGGUUUUUUAUUAACUUACAUGCUACAUCGGAUGCUUACAUAAGAUUUAUUUUGUUGGUUUCAGAAGUGAAUUCUGAGCGCUCAGCCUUGGAUGAAGCUGUGAGUCACUCACUGCUUUGAAUAUUAACAAAACAUGCAAAUUGCUCCCUGCAGAAAGAUUUGAAUUCCUGGUAGAAUUCACAAUCCUGUAAACAGUUAGUUUAUUUGUAAACAACAGGAGCUUGUCAUUACACCAUUUUUAUGCUCUCUGAUUCAUAACUUUUCUUGUUUAAAGCUGCAAAAGGCACAUGACUGGAAAUGAUGGGAUGUAAACUGUGAAGGAAAACCUCAUUCUAGUCCUGAAGUCCUCUAAUGUGACAGUUUAAAAAAAAAAAAAAAACGCUCGUGGGAUCAGUCAGUGGUACUUUACACCACAGGAUAGAAAAAUAAGCGAAAUGGGGAGAAGAGUUGCAGAGAAGUAUAACACCAAACUGUAAAGCAGUGUUUUUAAAGCUCAGAUCGCCUCCAACCACAACGGCAGCUCUGAUUACUGUGGUGGAGUUCAGGUAGGAGCUUUGCUGCACCUGUAACCAGGAUGUCACCGAGUCCUGGACUCCACCUGCACAUCACAUAUCAAAGCCAGAUACUCUGGGGGCGUUCAGUUACACUUUAAUGUUAGUGAAGGAGAACACACAGUUCAGAGCUCCGUCAGUCGUUCUGUGAUGCAAACAGAUUUCAGUCCCUUCAGGUGCAGCAGUUGAGAAAGUAGCAGGUAUAGAGGUAUUGAUCGCUGCUGUUUCAUGAUGUUUAGUUUGUGCAUGUUGAAAUCAGGGAAGGAGAAAGACAGGAAUGGAAUGUGUUGACAAAGUGCUUGAUCAUUUUUAAAGUGAAUUCCCUUGCUUUGUAGCUUGCUUGUUAAUAUUACAAUAUGAUGAAUAAUAUAAUGAAUUAUAUUAUUAGAGUUAUAAUAUUCCCUGUCCUUUAUUCGGUGUGUGAGUGAAUUUCUGCCAGAUAAAGACUGACUGUAGCCCCAGUUCUUUACUCCUAUGUGUAUGACAGUAUGUGUAGAAUUUAAAGACCUACUUUCCUACAGUGAUAGUGUUAGAUAAAUGAAUGCAUGCCUCCAUCCUCUGACCCAUAAAUCUGACCAAAGGAAACACAUUUUUGUGUUUCCAGAAACUUCACCAGGCAGUUAAAGGAAUUCAAACGUGCUUUAGUCACACGAAAAACCCUAAACAUGGUGGAUUUGAAGGAAUCGUUCACUGUCGGGACCAGCAAGGCGACUUAUUGAAUCAUCAGUGAAUUUUACAGUUUGUUUGUCCACCAAAGAACCAGUUACCAAGUUUAGUUUUCAUCUGUCAAAUGUCCCCCUAAGUACAUACGGUGUCCUCUAAAAGUAUGUCAACAAGAAACUGAUGCUUUCACUGCUUUUAGGCAUUUUAAGUUUAUAUCAAAACAAAACAACAAAAAUUUACUUCUCAAUUAAAAAAGAAUGCUGUGUCUGUGCUAUAAUAGUAGAUGGCAAUUUUACUGUAGUGUUAACUUACUUUUGGAUUUUUAUGUGUACUUCUUCGAAGUCUGUUGUUUAAAAACAAUAUUUUUAUGAUAUUUACAUAUAAAUAACAUAAUUUUGACAAAUUUUUAUGUCAAUUUCAAAUGUUUAACAUGGCUAAAACUUUGGUUUCUCUCUAGUGUUAACAUACUUUUGGAGGACACUGUGUCUUGGUCACAGUUAUUUUUUUUAAUUGCCCCCUGGGGGCAAAUACGGUUUUCUGAAUCUGAAUUAUUUAAGGAAAACAGAUUUAGCAGAUCCUUACCAAAAUGUUUGCCCAGUUUAACAGUUUAUAGUAAAAAGCUGAUGUUUUCUUUUUCUCACGUAUUAACUUUUGUGUUUGUGUCAGAAAACCUACUAUUGUGGGACUUACAGUUUGCUUUAUAAUAAAUUUCUUCCCUUUGAACAGUAACAUGUUGUUCUCUUGGACAGUUUGUGGAUUAAUGAGUAGAUUUAAGCUGCACUUCUGGUGAUGAAUGAUGAAUAAUUUCCAGGGGAGUCUCGUGAGUACAUCGAUGGAUUUAACUUGAAAAACUUAGCACUCUAUCAUAAUAUUGUGUUGUUUUCCUAACUUUUGCCAUUUUAAUUCUUGGUUUGAUCUUUUGUUUCUUUUGGAGCCCUGAAGUCCAAACUGGAAAGAUGGAAAACAUUUGUGGAAGUUUAGUUUCAUUAAAAUGAAGGAUGUCACUGCUUGUACUUGGGAUUCAGCCAUUAAUCAAUAAUUGUUGUGGAUCCUUAUGAGCCGUUCAUCAUGUUUUUAUCAUUUACGUUACUGACUGUAAAUUGAGUAAAACUGAAUCAGUUGUUGUGUUUUUGGUCUAUUUCCUCUCCAGUUCUUCACUGUUUUACUUACCUGUUCACCAUUUCAAAGCUUUUUUCUCUUAUAUUUAUUUGCGUUUGCUGAUUAAAUUGUUGCAUUUAUUUAGUUUCAUUCUGUGUCUUUUGAGAAAGAUCUGUUUUGGACGCACAGCUAGGCUCUUAAAUAUCCAUUUACUGCAUCUUUAAUGUUCUUCUGCAGGCAUAAAAUCACAAGUUUGGCUUCUUUUAACAUGUACCUUAAAAAAAAAUAAACAUUUCUCUUUUA